GUCACUUUACCCGGGCCGGAAGUGGGCUGCUGCUUCAUGAACCCAUGUAAACAUCAUUGAUACAUGCUGAAACAUUACUGAAAACACCCGACUGAACAAAAGAGUUCAGUUGGGAGAGUAUUUACAGUCACACUUCUUACGAACAUUACACAGAUUUCUGAUAGAUCUGUCAACAUCAUGUCCACCGCCAAUGUUGAUAUCCACACGCAUCUGGCGACGAUCAUCGAGCGCUUCUCCAGAUGCGCCCUCAUGGAGAUGAGUCGAGCUGUCGAGCAGGAGAUCUCACGGAGACAGAUGGAGGUCGAGCAGGAGAUCUCACGGAGACAGAUGGAGGUCGAGAAUCUGCUGCUCAAACUGCAGUUUACAGAGAGUGAACUGAGAUCAGUCCGACAGAACCGAGCGAACUUGCGAUCAGUGGGAACACAAGCCGGUAACACCGGACAGCGAGAGAUAAACCUUGAUCUUGUGAAGUCGAAUGAAACUCAAGAUGAAGGACACACAGCUAGAUGCACACGUGAUUCCUCUGUGCACACUUUCCCACUGAAUGCAGAUGGGAUCAAAUCCAUUCAAAUCAAAGAGGAACAGAUGGAGGACGGACAUUGGGACCUUAUUGCAAAACAUAAUGAUAUGAACGAGAUGGACAAUAGUGGAAGAACAGAAAACACUAUAGAUGGUGGUGAAUUUAUCCUAACAAAUAAAAUGGAGCCCAGCGGUUUGUGGAAUUCGCCUGUUUUGGAGGAGUGCCCUUUAAACUCAGAAGCUCAGAGUCUGGACACUUCUCCUCAUGCUACAGCAGGUCCACUUUCUCCAAACCAAAGAGAAGAUUUUAACGUCAAAGAGCCGUACAGAACUUCAGAGUUUUCCCAGCGCUCCGCUAACGACGCUCUUCCACCGGCAUCGGAUCACAGAGGCGACGGCGUGGCCGAGAGAAGCUCGCGCUGCGCUCAGUGCGGCAAGACUUUUACCACACGCUUUUACCUGAAGAUCCACCAAAGGAUCCACACCGGAGAGAGACCGUACACCUGCCCACAGUGUGGCAAAGGCUUUUACUGCAACUCUCAUCUGAUAUCACACCAGCGCUCGCACACCGGAGAGAAACCGUACAGCUGCGAAGAAUGCGGCAAAUCUUACUCUCAUUUAAACUCCCUUAAACUCCACCAGCGCAGCCACACUGAAGAUGAGGCAUAUGUGUAUUGGUAGCCUUGGUCAUACGGACUCAAAUAGAAAGAAAGAAAGAAAUGAUAUAAUCGUUUGCUAAAAACACAUUUAAACUGCUGUGCAAUUGAACACUUUUCAGAUAUAUAAUAUGUACUGAAAGGGUCAUUUGGGUAUGUAGCAAUGAAGACUUCUUUUCUAGAGUUGUGGAUGAUUAAUGAUGAAAUAUUACUCCUGGUUUACUGGUCACAUUGAAGUAUUUGUAUAAGACUUUCAACAGUUUUCUAAUAUAACUUGAUGCUGUUUUCUUACAUAUGACUUUUUUCCAUUAUUUUUUUUCUAACUAGAUUUUUUGUUGUUGUUGUUUUCCUUACGUUUGUUUGCAUGCUAUAUUUUGGAUUUAUAUAAUAUGAAGAAUGAAGGGUGUUUAAUUUGUUUCCUUUGUUUUGCUUUAGAUCAGAUUUAUGCAGAUGUUAUAAUAAAGCCAUUACUUUAAAAUCAUUUCCAUUUAAUCUUACGGAAAAUGACUGAGAAACAACCACUGUGUCUUGCCGUGAUGAACGUAAUACAGUUAAAGAAAAUGUUUGUCUUUUUCAAAUAAUUCCCAAGUGCUGUUUAACAGAUUGAAAACAUUUUCUAUAAAAAUAAAAUAGUUUAUUUAGGAAGCUUGGAAUGUUUGUUAUACAAAUCGAAGCAAAAUUAAAACCAGAAAUAAAAACUGGUCAAAACCGUAGCCCUCUGAUGUUAAUGGUCACUGUUGUGUCCUUUUUGUUUGAUAACAGCCUGUGAUAAAACACAGACCUAAACCAAGUUUUGUUGCAGAUUGCCUGAGGUUGUCUUUCAAAAUCUUCUCGUAGUCUUCCUUUUUCAUGUUAUCUUUGACCCUGACAAGAUUUCCAGUCCCAAAUGCACUGAAGCAUCACCACAUCAUUAUACUCCUACUGCCAUGUUUCACUGUGGGAACGCUCCUGCCUCUCCCUUCUUCCUCCAAACAUAAGAAACAUCUCUGUGUCCAAAGAGCUUUAGUUUUGUCUCAUCUGACCAAAGGACACAUUUCCAGCAUGUAUUUUUCUCCAGGUUGUCCUUGGCAAACUUCCGUCUAGCUCUUCUUCAGAAAUUACGUUUUUUUGGUCGGCAACAUCUUAGUCUAUUACUAUGUCUUGGCCUGUCCAUGCCUGUUCUUUUGUCUUUACCAUGAUAACAGUUUACUUGUUGUUUUGCAAGAUACUAAUUCUCAACUUAAAGCCCAUUUUAAAGGCUUAGAUGAUUAAUUGGGUUAAUUAGGCAAGUCAUUGGACAAUUAGCUGUUUGUUGCAUAGCCAAUGAAGCAGGUAAUUUUUUAAGGGCACAAAUAAUAUUGACCAUAGCAGUUUUGUCUUCUGUUAGUAAUGUAAUCAUUUAAAAGCUGUAGUUGACCACAUACACUUACAUGGGUCCUGUUCUUUCUCCUGUUCAACUCGUUGCCUAAAUAUUUGGUAGUGUUUAA